AUGGCUGAAGAGGAUAUCAGGGCUCCAGGCACGCCGUUCUCACUCUCUUUUUCGGGCAGUGGCUUUCUYGUCCUCUACCAGGUGGGAGUGGUGCAGUCCCUCCUGGAGCUGGCCCCAGAGCUGCUCCGCUCGGCGUGCAAGGUCUACGGCUCCUCUGCAGGAUCUCUCAUCGCAGCGGCCGUCGUGUGCGGCACCAACCUCGAUGACCUAAAGGAAUACUUUUUUGAAAGUGCAAGGGAAGUCAGGAAAACCAUCCUGGGCCCUCUUUCUCCCAAGUGCAGCCUGCUGAGGAAUAUCAGGAGUCUUUUACAGAGGACACUCCCUGAGAACUCCCACCAAGUGGCUUCGGGGAGGCUGCACAUCUCCCUCACGCGGGUGGUAGAUGGCCAGAACGUCAUGGUCUCRGAGUUCAACUCCAAGGAGGAUCUCAUUCAGGCUCUCCUCUGCAGCUGCUUUCUCCCCAUCUACUGCGGAUUCAUCCCUCCGUCCUACCGAGGUGUGCGAUACGUUGAUGGAGGAUUCACCGGCCUGCAGCCUGUUUCCAGCCUGGAGGAAGCUGUGAUCACGGUGUCCCCGUUCACGGGGGAGCUCGAUAUCUGCCCGCGGGACUGUCCCGCCAUCUUCUACUGUUUCCAGAUCUUUAAUGGCAGCAUUCAGAUCUCCAUAGAAAACCUGUGCAGGAUUAGCUACGCACUCUUUCCACCCAGUUGCGUGAUCCUGGAUGACAUGUAUUUCCAGGGGUAUCAGGACACUGCCCUUUUCCUCUGCAGGAAUGAUGCCUUUGGCACAAACUACUUCGAUGGCAACUUCCGCUUUGCCAGCAUGUGUGGGAAAACUGACCUGGCACCAUCCGAGGGGACGCUGAGCAGC